GGCCUCUUUUCACCUGGGCCUGGAGAGGUGGGGUUUUCCUUUUGGUCCAAUUCCAAGAAGUCAGCCAGUUUGUCCUCAGGCUCCCUGUCUCCCGACCCUAUUCUCCUGCCUCAUUAUGACCUCCAUGAAGGGUUUGAGGAUGUGGUGUAUGGAGUCAAACUACAGGGUUUGAUUGCAAUAUUGCCUUGGUGUUACUUGGGAAGAGAUCAGUACCAUAUUUGUUUUUAAUUAGAAAAGUUUUUUUCUUCCAAAGUCUUUAUUUGAGCAAGGGACAAUUCUUGAGCUUACAGAGGUUUUUCCUUGCCCAAUGAACUCACCAGAAGGAAAAGUAGAGUGACAUUGUUUUUCUGGCCAUGGAUACCAUACUCUUUCAUUCAUUUAUCUUCCAUAGUUGGUCCACCUGGUACCCAAUGGACAGAAAUAAAAACUAAUUCAGGUUUAUUCAUGCUAUCAGAUGUUGACAUAAGCAAUAAUUAUAUUGUUUAGUUGACAUGACCAAGGUUUGAGAAACUGGUGCAAGGGUGGUGUCAGGUUUGUGUUUAACCUAUGAAGAAAAGAGUGAGGUUAAUAUGAAAGAGGCAGCAUUUGAAAGAAAGCCCACAGAGGAGGAUUAGAGAGAGAAUAGGAUAGAUUGAGACAAGUAAUCUCCAGUCAGCUUCUCAAUAAAUGGGAGGUUUUGUUGAAAAAGAUUCCCCCUCUACUCCCCUCCCCACACCAGGGAGGAGAGAAACUUAAAGGGGGAAAAUAGAUGAAAGCAAAGUUUUUUGAUCUGUGAUCUUGAGGAAAGCUGUUUGCUUUGUGGUGUCAUCCUGCUUCUAGAGCCUUGGCUCUGAAAUCCUUACUAUGAGGUCACCUGUAGAUAUGGUCUUCCAGUUGUCCUGAGAGUGAUGACUGGCUCUACCUUGAUGUGGCUCACGUAAAUUCAGAAAGUAUGAUAGCAGUGUAGGUGGUUAGCAGUACUUCAUAAGGUCCUUCCUAGCAAGGAAUGGGGACAUGCCUGAUGCCAUAGGGUCUAAUUGACCUGAGAAUGUGAAAGGAAAAUAAAAACUCUGUGCCCCAAUUCAUCAUGCCAAAAGGAAAAAAAAAUUAAGCUGAAAUGUUAAAUACUGCAGAGCUAAUAGAUUGGAGUGACUUCUGACCUAGUCACAUCUUAAAGGAAAACUUUUCAGUUUUUACUUUAAAAGGAUGCUAAUGACUAGCCAAUGCUCUAGGAAGACAUUGAGACCAGCCAACUUCUUGCCUUGAUACUACUGAAGAGACAUUGGGUGGCUGGAUUUUGAAAGCAGACUUCUGGUUAUAGGUGAUGCAACUUGCAAAACAAUCCUGAAACAUGAAACAAGAAUAAUAAUAUUUAAAUGUAACUUAAUCAUUAUACCUCUUUAUCCAUCAAAGUGAAUUCAUUCCAUUCCCUUUCAUCUGUGCUCAUACUUUGCAUCAAAUAUUGGGUUAACCAAAGUGUGUAGGAAGAAAUAAAUGUUUUCAUAGUCAUUACUGUUUAUAAUGGGAGUGCUAAAAUUCAAGCACAUCUUUUUCAGAAGCUUUGUUAAAUCAAGUGGAGUAUCCCAGAUAGUUCUCACCUUCCUUCUGAUUCCAUGUUGCUUGACUCUGAAUUUCAGAGCACCUCCUAUUAUUCCAAAUAUGCCUUUCCUCUGGGCCUGGAAUGCCCCAAGUGAAUUUUGUCUUGGAAAAUUUGAUGAGCCACUAGAUAUGAGCCUCUUCUCUUUAAUAGGAAGCCCCCGAAUAAAUGUCACAGGGCAAGCUGUUACAAUAUUUUAUGUUGAUAGACUUGGCUACUAUCCUUAUAUAGAUUCAAUCACAGGAGUAACUGUGAAUGGAGGAAUCCCCCAGAAGAUUUCCUUACAAGACCAUCUGGACAAAGCUAAGAAAGACAUUUUAUUUUAUAUGCCAGUAGACAAUUUGGGAAUGGCUGUUAUUGACUGGGAAGAAUGGAGACCCACUUGGGCAAGAAACUGGAAACCUAAAGAUGUUUACAAGAAUAGGUCUAUUGAGUUGGUUCAGCAACAAAAUGUACAACUUAAUCUCACAGAGGCCACUGAGAAAGCAAAACAAGAAUUUGAAAAGGCAGGGAAGGAUUUCAUGGUAGAGACUAUAAAAUUGGGAAAAUUACUUCGGCCAAAUCACUUGUGGGGUUAUUAUCUUUUUCCGGAUUGUUACAACCAUCACUAUAAGAAACCCGGUUACAAUGGAAGUUGCUUCAAUGUAGAAAUAAAAAGAAAUGAUGAUCUCAGCUGGUUGUGGAAUGAAAGCACUGCCCUUUACCCAUCCAUUUAUUUGAACACUCAGCAGUCUCCGGUAGCUGCUACACUCUAUGUGCGCAAUCGAGUUCGGGAAGCCAUCAGAGUUUCCAAAAUACCUGAUGCAAAAAGUCCACUUCCGGUUUUUGUAUAUGCCCGCAUAGUUUUUACUGAUCAAGUUUUGAAAUUCCUUUCUCAAGAUGAACUUGUGUAUACAUUUGGUGAAACUGUUGCUCUGGGUGCUUCUGGAAUUGUAAUAUGGGGAAGCCUCAGUAUAAUGAGAAGUAUGAAAUCUUGCUUGCUCCUAGACAAUUACAUGGAGACUAUACUGAAUCCUUACAUAAUCAACGUCACACUAGCAGCCAAAAUGUGUAGCCAAGUGCUUUGCCAGGAGCAAGGAGUGUGUAUAAGGAAAGACUGGAAUUCAAGUGACUAUCUUCACCUCAACCCAGAUAAUUUUGCUAUUCAACUUGAGAAAGGUGGAAAGUUCACAGUACGUGGAAAACCGACACUUGAAGACCUGGAGCAAUUUUCUGAAAAAUUUUAUUGCAGCUGUUAUAGCACCUUGAGUUGUAAGGAGAAAGCUGAUGUAAAAGACACUGAUGCUGUUGAUGUGUGUAUUGCUGAUGGUGUCUGUAUAGAUGCCUUUCUAAAACCUCCCAUGGAGACAGAAGAAUCUCAAAUUUUCUACAAUGCCUCACCCUCCACACUAUCUGCCACAAUGUUCAUUGUUAGUAUUUUGUUUCUUAUCAUUUCUUCUGUAGUGAGUUUAUAAUUGCACAGGUUAGCUGAAAUGAACAAUAUGUCCAUCUUAAAGUGUGCCUUUUCGACUAAUUAAAUCUUUGAAAAGAACAGCUCUCGUUGAAAGAUCAUUUUUGGAAAGUUCUUUCUGAAUAACUAUACCUAGGAAAUGAUGAUUUCCUUUGAACUUGACAAACACUGCUAUAUUGUAUGAAUUCUCAACCAUGAGUUCAGGGAUUUGUAUUCCAGGAAUCAAUAGCUUAUGUAAAUUCUGCCGUUUAGAGUACAGAAACUCAUAUUAUCUGUUUCACUUGCAAAACUGCCAGGAUUGUUUUAACACUAUCAUUCUGCACAAGAUACUGACAUUUUGAUAAAAUAAAACGAUAUAGAAUGUUGAAGAACUCGAAAGUGAAAACCCUUUCAAUACAAGCCAUCAAUAACAUUUAGAGUGCUUGGGUAUUUCUAUUUCUCCUCUGCUCAGAAUCAAGAGAGAGAGGGAGAAGGAAAAAGUUUGGGUGGAAAAGAAGAAAACAAAAGGAGGGAAGAGAUAAGGGAAAAGUAUUAGUAUUUUUUGCUUUCUCUGGUGCCAUUGAAGACUCUAAUUUGUACAGGAUCGAAAGGAAUAUUUUCAGCAUAUACAAUUAACCUUCGACUUUCUUUGAAAGCGCAGAGCAGUUGUACCUAAAUUCCUUACCUAGUCUGACCUGUACAAAUACUACUACUGCCUCCUUCCUUUCCCCAUGCCUCCCUAGAAACAAAAAGAGAUGAGACCACAUAUUCCAAAUCCAUUCAGCUAGGUAUUCUCAAAUUAUGACACAAGUCAUUAGGAUCUUAAUUUUUUUGAGGCAUUACAUUUUCCGUGAAAAAAAAGGAAAAUGUUUUACUUGUUACAGAUCUCAUUUCUUUAUGUUUAAGCUUUGUUUAAUAUCUGAAAUGAAACUGAGCUCU